AUGGUGGAGUUCGAUUCAAAGAACGUUAUCAACUUAAUUUGUAGAAAGUCCUUCAGUGCUAGCAUGGGGAAUCUGAGUCACUAUGCCGGAUCCGGGUCGGGUGCUCUGCAGGGCGGGUCGAAUACUCCGGCCUCCCCCGGGGAGACUCCGGAGCACGGCGUUGCGGCGGAUGGCUACGCGUCUGAGGAUUUCGUUCCUGGCUCGUCUUCGAGUUGCCGUGAGAGGAAGAAAGGUGUUCCAUGGACUGAGGAGGAGCAUAGGAUGUUCUUACUUGGAUUACAGAAACUUGGAAAAGGAGACUGGCGUGGGAUAGCACGUAAUUACGUUAUAUCUAGGACACCUACUCAAGUGGCCAGCCAUGCCCAAAAAUAUUUCAUAAGGCAGACCAAUGUAUCAAGAAGAAAGAGGCGCUCCAGUUUGUUUGAUAUUGUCGCAGACGAACCUGUUGAGACUUCAAUUGUGCAGCAAGACUUCCUAUCUGUCAACAGUUCACAUGCUGGUGAAACACAAAGCAAUAACCCAUUGCCUACACCUCCUACUGUGGACGAAGAAUGCGAAUCAAUGGAUUCCACCAAUUCGAAUGAUGGGGAACCAGCACCUCCAAAUUCAGAUGGUCCCCAAUGCGUUUAUCCAGUGGUGUACCCUGCAUAUGUUGCACCAUUCUUUCCGUUUUCUAUUCCGUUUUACUCGGAAUACAGUGCAGAAACCACUAAUAAGGAGGAGACUCAUGAGGUUCUUAAGCCCACAGCUGUGCAUUCAAAGAGUCCCCUCAAUGUUGAUGAGCUGAUUGGCAUGUCAAAACUCAGUCUGGGAGAAUCUAUUGGUCAUGCUGGCCCCUCUUCUCUCUCUCUGCAACUGCUCGAGGGGUCGUCUAGACGAUCUGCUUUCCAUGCAAAUCCAGCUUCUGGCAGCGAAAACAUGAAUUCUGGUGGCAGUCCAAUCCACGCCGUUUAACGGAUAGUAUAUUUCUGAACUUCAGAUUGUAGGUUAUAAUUACAGGUUAUUGUCAAUAUACAACAAAAUAAUGUGCAGUCUGGUUUGGAUUUAUUAAUAUUUUCCCGCCCCCGUCCCGCCCCUCCUGUGUUAACUAACUUGGUUGUAACUUGUAGGCUCUAGUAUCUUCUGUUUAGAAAUCGUUGGUACUGACUCUUAAGAUCACAUGUUUUAUCUUCAGUUUCUGGACUUGAUGCUUAUUUAUAUACUUGGUGACAUUCUAAUUGAUGCAGGAGGACAUUCAAAUUCUGCACUGCAAUAUUUCAGAUGUUAA